AUGUCGAGCCGACAAUUGAAGAAGUUGCGCGCGCAGGAAGAGAAGAGAGCGCAGACGUCGGGCCGUGCCCAUGCGGACGAGGCCAACGAGAACAACGACGGCAUCGACGACGAUGAGGACGAAGCCGACGUCGACACGCGACCACGGCCCAAGAACGUGUUUGCUGCAUUUGCCGCAUUAGGCGACGAGGGCGACGACGACGACGACGAGAAGGAAAAGGACGACGACGAGGCAGACGAGCAGCAGCCACAGGUCAAGGACGCCAGCGACGCGGCUCGACCAGCACCAAAAGCGGGCAAGAAGAAAAAGAAGAAGAAGAAGGGCAAGGGAGGCAAGCCAGCAGCAGCAGCAGCAGCUACGGCACCGACAGCACCGGACGGCCUCGACGAGAUUGACCGUGCCCUCGAAGAGCUGCGGCUGAAAGAGGGGGCCAAGGCGGGCACCGCAGACCAGGCAGGCGGACCCCACAGCAACAACAGACGCACCCUCGACGCCGCCGCCCACGACAUCCGGGUCAGCUUUGCGGACCUGCGCGUGCUCAACGAGCUGCGCGAGGUGUUUGGGCGCGACAUUGUGCAGGCGGCGGCCGCAGACGAUGCGCUGGGCGUGCCCGGGCGGCCGCGCGGCGAGGCGGGCGAGGCGGGCGAGGGCGGCAACCCGAACGUGGUCAUGAUGGACCUCGAGUCGUUUCUGCGCGCGCCGCCGCCGCCGCCGCGUGGGAUGGUGUACGUGGGCGCCAACGGGCAGCGGCUGCCGUCUGCGGGCGGUAUGGCCGGCCUGGUGGCCAAGCGCAACCCGUUUAUCCAGUGGAAGGACACGUGGCCGCGGGGGACGUCGGGCGGGCUGGCAAUGCGGCAGGUGACGGAUGCCAAGGUGGUGCCAGGGACAGCGGCGGGGCGGGGCGUCGUAGAGUAUGCGUUUGUGCACAGCCCGGCGUACGUGGUCCUGGAAGACGAGUUCUUCACGCUGGUGAUGAUGCACAACCCGCAGCCGCUGAUUCAGUUCCUGCGGGACCACCCGUUCCACAUUGCGUCGCUGAUCCAAAUCAGCCGCGUGGCCAAGCUGCAGGACCAGAACGCGUCGCUGGCGGCCGACCUCUGCGAGCGGGCGCUCUUUUCGUUUGGCCGGUCGACGCUGUCGUCGUUCCGGCAGACGCUGGCCGAGGGCCGCGCGCGCCUGAGCUUCUACCGGCCCGAGAACCGCCAGUUUCUGCUCGCGGGCUACCACUACGUGCGCAGCCUGAUGGCGCGCGGCACCUACCGCACGGCGCUGGCGUGGACGAAGCUGUUUAUGAGCCUGAUGCCGCACGACGAGUAUGCGCUGGUGCUGUAUGCGCAGGCGCUGGCCGUGCGGGCGUUUGAAGCGCGUUGGCUGGUGUCCUACCUGGGCACGCCGAGGAAUGGCAGCGACGAGGGGGAGAAGGAGGAGGGGGAAGAGGACGAGACGGUCCCGGCUCUGCGCAACAAUUCGAUGCGCGACUACAUCCGGCAGUCGCUCGUGCCGGCCCUUUUGCAGACAAAGGAUGUGGACGGCGCAAAGACGGCCCUGGCCCGCGGCAUGGCGCGUCUGCCCUGGCUGUACGGUGCGCUGUUCCAGGCGCUGGGUCUCGACGUGCCGCGGGCCGUCUGGGGUGUCCCGCCCCGCGACGACCGGGAGACGCUCUACACGCAGCUGUACGUGCACCUCGCCAAGGAGCUGUGGGACGCGCCCCAGGCGCGCGCGCUCCUCCGCGAGGUGGCCGACGGCCUGUCCGCACAGCCCAAGGUCGACGCCGCGACGUUGCCGCCGGCGCCGCCCAUGACGCUCAGCCUCGCGCGCUUUGUGUACCUGGACGGCACGCCGGCGCUCAUGGCGCUCGUGCCCCGCGACAUGCUCCACGCGGCGCCCAACUACGACUUUGACCCGCUGCCGCCCGCGCGCGAAGCCAACGAGUUCUCCAACCGGUCGCAGGUGCGGCCCUGGAUCAUGGCGGCGAGCGACCGGCAGCAUGGCGGGCACCGCCAGAUGCCGGUGCUGCCGGACGAUUUCCUGAUGCCGGGGCAGCUGAUUGAAGUGGAGGAGGCUGAUGAUGAUGACGACGAGGAUGACAACGAGUACGACGAGGACGACGAGUACGACGACGAGUUUGAGGUGGCCGAGGACGAAGACUACGCCGAGCCAGCACCCACAGCCGCGGACACGCCCGCGUCAGCGCCACGGCAAAGUCCGGGCGGGAGUGGAGGCGGUGGCAUGCCGGGCGCAUGGUUUGACGAUGAUGCGUAG